AUGAAAGGACCUGUGGUAACCGUCGUUUGAGCGGUUGAAGCAGUCUGGCUCAGGAUGCUCAGCGCUUUGUGGCUGUUUUUGUGGCUGUCCGCCGCCCUGAACGCGGCGGCGCCGCCGGACUCGGGCUUGCUGUUUCCCCGGGAGUCCUCCUCCAGGGAGCUGAAGGAGCUGAGCGGGCUCUGGGCCUUCAGGGCGGACGGGUCGCCGAACCGGAACCUGGGCUUCGAGAGCGCUUGGUACAAAAGUCGGCUGUCAGAGACCGGCCCUGUGAUCGACAUGCCGGUUCCUGCCAGCUACAAUGACAUCACUCAAGACCCCACACUGAGAGAUUUCAUUGGCUGGGUGUGGUAUGAGCGCGAGGUGACGGUGCCCACCCGCUGGAUCGCCGAUGACGGCCUGCGAGUGGUGCUCCGAGUGGGGAGCGCUCACUAUUACUCCGUAGUGUGGGUGAAUGGUGUGAAGGUGACUGAACACGAAGGCGGCCAUCUGCCGUUUGAGGCAGAAAUAGGCACCUUACUCCGUAAAGACCCAACCAUGCCCUGCAGGAUCACCAUCGCUGUGAACAACACUCUGAAUCUGCACACACUCCCUCCAGGCACCAUCCAGUACAUGACUGACCGUACCAGGUAUCCUGCUGGGUUCUUUGUCCAGAACAUCAAUUUUGAUUUCUUCAACUAUGCCGGGAUACACCGUCCUGUUCUGUUGUACACCACUCCUAAAGCCUACGUGGAUGACAUCACCGUUGUUACAGAUUUCUUGGACAACACAGGGUUGGUCAGAUAUGAUGUGUCAGUCAAAGGAACAACCUCCGCUGCUUUGAAGGUGACUUUAAUGGACAAAGGAGGCCACUGCGUUGUUUCCUCCAAUGAGGCUUCUGGAGUGCUCAAAGUGCCAAAUGUCAACCUGUGGUGGCCGUUCUUGAUGCACGAGAACCCGGGUUAUCUUUACUCGUUGGAGGUUCGCCUGAAGGCUACUGAUGAGAGCUCAACAUAUGAGGACGUUUAUACUCUACCGGUUGGCAUCCGCACAGUGAACGUCAGCAGCACCCAAUUCUUCAUCAACAACAAGCCGUUCUAUUUCCAUGGAGUCAAUAAGCAUGAAGAUGCUGAUAUCCGAGGGAAAGGUUUGGACUGGCCCCUAAUCGUCAAGGACUUUAACCUGAUGAAGUGGUUGGGGGCCAACUCGUUCCGCACCAGCCACUACCCCUACGCCGAGGAGAUUCUGCAGAUGUGUGACCGCCACGGCAUCGUGGUGAUCGAUGAGAGCCCAGGGGUCGGCAUUAAAGACAUUCGCAGUUUUGACAACGUCUCCCUGACCCACCACCUCACUGUUAUGGACGAGCUCGUACGGCGGGACAAGAACCAUCCCUCCGUGGUCAUGUGGUCUGUAGCCAAUGAGCCCGCUGCAGAGAUGCCCCCUGCUGAGAACUACUUCAAGACACUGAUAAUGCACACCAAAGCUCUGGACCCUACCCGACCCGUCACCUACAUCACAGACAGUAACUUCGCACGGGACAAAGGAGCUCCCUUUGUGGACGUCAUCUGUGUGAACAGCUACUUCUCCUGGUACCACGACCCCGGCCACCUGGAGGUCAUCCCUCUCCAGCUCAACACUCAGUUUGAGAACUGGUUCGGAAAGUACAAGAAGCCCAUCAUCCAGAGCGAGUAUGGAGCUGAUGUCGUGCCAGGGCUUCAUAAUGAUCCCCCGCUGAUGUUCACUGAGGAGUACCAGAAAGUGGUCCUGCAGCAGUACCACCGCGUGUUCGACCAGAAGAGGAAGAAGUACGUCAUUGGCGAGCUCAUCUGGAACUUCGCCGACUUCAUGACGACACAAGGGAUCAUCCGUGUGGUGGGGAACAAGAAGGGGAUCUUUACUCGGCAAAGGCAACCCAAAGCUGCUGCAUUCAUCCUCAAGGAGAGAUACUGGAGACUGGCAAAUGAAACUGGCAUCCUGCCCCUCUGGACCAAGUACCCCUGCCCACUGUGAGUGACCAUUACAAGCAUUAAGCCCCGCAGGACAACUGGAGCCGUAUGGAAAAUCAUGUCUAAUCAAGGGCUGCUUCUAAUUAAACCAUCCUUUUUGCGUUUUUUUUUUUUCACCAGCAUCUCUGUGAUUAUAUAAACUGUUUUAUUUCUAAAUGUCUGCAUUGAGUUUUCUUUAAAGAAAACAAAACGAGAACAGAAACAAAGAAAUGCCAGAUACAACUACAAGACUCAGUUUUCAGUUCCCCUUAUUUGCUGGAAUCUCCCAGUGGACCGACUUGCAGGCAGGAAUUGCGAGGGAGAAAAAUAAACAGCGAAAACGAACGAAAGCCUUAAAAUGUGCUUUAAAUAAGGUUCCUAGAUUUGAUUAGAACAGGCAAAGCUGCUGACAAUGGACAGAUCCUCCAACAUGCUCAGCCAGUAACGCUGUUUUCACAUCCAUCCAAGAAAAAUGAAUGUCUGUGACUUGAUGCAAUAUUUUAUUCCAUUGAGUGGCACGGAUGUAACUGACUUUGAAUCUGAGUGAUUUGACUGAAUAAAGUGCCUGGUGGUUAUAUUUGCUGUGAUUUGGUGCCGUAUUAAAAAUCGUAAUUGACAGCUUCGCGCUUGCAGUCACGGCUUGGGUUUUGUAAUGUGCAAGCAACGCAGGAUUUUCAUAUAGAACAGAGUUGGCUCAGUUGCAGACGGAAGCAGUCAUGGCGUUGGUCCAGAUUUACCCCCAGUCUGAGUCAUCAGUGCUGACAUCACAAGAUUUCUCUCAAAUUUCAGUGCUUUGUACAUUAUUGGGUAAAAGGUGAGACUUUGUAUGAAGCAGAAAUAAAGCAUUUUCUGUAUGUUUUUGGGGCUGCACAAUGAAUUUGUUUUCUCUAGGUGGGGCGUGAUUUCUGUUGGAAUGUGCCAGCCUGACUUUAUACAACCAAUGUCAUGUUACUAUGUAAGGGAAAAUCUGAAUGUGAUGUUUUUUCAACAAAUUGAGAGGAAAGAAGUCAUUUUAUAUCUGAAUCACUGCAAUAAAGAUGAUAUAAUGACACUA